CUCCAUCGCUGUACAAAAAUGGCAGCUUUCGUUGUAAACAAACGCUAAGAAUGACCAAAAUUGGAUAAUAAGUCGGAAUGUGAAUACCAAAAUGCAACAGUUAAAAGCAGGUUUACUGACAAACAUGGAUGAAAUGACUCAACACGAUUAUCCAUCUCCAUCUUCUACAAUUGGUAAGAUCUACGGCGGAGAAAAAUACAAAAUGAGCCAGUAUGGUUUGACUGAAUAUCACUCAAUGCCUUCAAUUCGUUCAUAUGAAUCUUUGAGAGUUGGGCAAGAAAGACGAGAUUUGAAAAGCCUUGAACAUGGUCGAAAAGUGUGGUAUUUAGGCGAGACUAUUAAAAAGCUGUAUGACUUGGACCAAAACCCCGGAAGAAAAUUGUUUCUGGACGAAUACUUUGCAUUUAUGAAGGCAAGAGGUGCGACAGUGUCAAAGGUUCCUGUUGUUGCUAAGUUACCGCUGGAUUUGUUUCGUUUAUAUCACGUGGUACAGAAGUUAGGAGGCUUUGCACAAGUUGUCAAAAAAAGAAAAUGGAGCAGAGUUGUGAGAGAACUGGACUUACCUUCGUCCAUCACAAGUGCUGCUUUCACACUCAGAACGCAAUAUAUGCGCUUGUUAUACCCAUACGAAUGUGAGAAGAAAGGAAUACCAAGCAAUUUUUUAUAUUAUGAAGAUGAAGUUGGAUGGAGUCCCGAGUCGAGUAAACUUUCUGAACAUCACUACGAUGUCAAUAGUCGUCCACCGAAACUGUUACGAGAGGAUAAACAUUCGUCAUAUCAAAAGGAACCAAGAUAUCACUCUAAGCCUGAGUCAUCUUAUGUUGAACUUUCUUCGCAAUCCGAGGAUAACAUUCGCUCGAAAUUGAGGGAAGAGAUUGGUUUUAAACGGAAAUAUGAAUCCCCUGCAAGUCCUUCUGCUAAACGUGCCAAAAGCGAAGAGUUAGAUAGAGAUAUAUACGAGGCUUCUAAUGUACAGGUAACCAGACCACAAUCAUUUGACAAUACAUUAUUAUCAAAUCGACCCAUGAUUUACAAUGUAAUUGAAGAUAGACGACGCUAUUCAGAUAGCGACCCUGUUAAAAAGGAAAGAGUUACUCCUACAGAGGAAAAGCCAACUGAAGAGGAUAUAGUACGAGAAUCUGAAAGAGAUAUGCUAGAGAAGGAAAACUUUCAAGACGAGGAAAGAUACCAAUACAAAAGAAUGAUUUUUUCUGAAGAAGACAAAAAUUACAAAGACUUUGUUUAUCCGUCGUUUACCUAUCAAGAAAAACAUAGUAAUUCACAUCCAAGAGAUUGCAGAGAUUGCAUCGUGAGCCAAAGCUCGCCUGAACCUGUGAGAGUACAGAGUGUUCUCGAAAAUACGCGUGUGAAGUCCCACAUGUUGCACAGACAACCACAUAAUGGUGAAUAUUAUCCCGAUUCCAGAGCUCGAUCCCACUUAAGCAGAUCUUUAGACGAGAGAAGUUUUUCAGGAGAGCGAAGUAUGUACAAAAGAAAAUUUGUUAAUUAUUAUAGACCUUCUGUAAAGAACGUUAGACUGUCAACAAAUCCAAGUGAAAUGAAUAUUACAAUUGAAGAACGAACUGAGACAGCUAUGGCCUUGUCAAUUGUUGUUAAUGGUAUCAAGUAUACAGGUACAUUGCUGUCAAAUAUUCAGCGACCAUGAAAGUUAUAUUUAUAUUUUUAAUUGUUAUUCGAUUUUGUUAUUAUAUAAAGCAUGUUUAAAUGCGUAAAUAAAAUCCUUCAGUAAA